AUGUCGUUAGAGAUACCAUUAAUGAGCACCGAUGAGGUGAUAGAACUCGAUCCUGACCUAUUGCCAUCGGGCAAUGAAGUCCUUGGUAUCUUACAACAAGAACGGUCCCAACUUAAUGUUUGGAUUAAUGUUGCACUGGCUUAUUAUAAACAAAAAAAGAUCGAUGAUUUCCUUAAAAUCUUGGAGGCGUCCCGUGUGGACGCCAACAUUGACUACAGAGACUUUGAGAGAGACCAGAUGCGAGCUUUGGAUAUGCUUGCAGCUUAUUAUGUUCAAGAAGCAAAUAAAGAAAAAUCAAAGGACAAGAAAAAAGAUCUGUUUACUAAAGCAACCUUACUUUAUACAAUGGCAGAUAAAAUUAUUAUGUAUGACCAGAACCAUCUUCUGGGCCGUGCUUAUUUCUGUCUUCUUGAGGGUGAUAAAAUGGGACAAGCUGAUACCCAGUUCAAUUUUGUUCUCAAUCAGUCUCCUAACAAUGUACCUUCCCUACUUGGAAAAGCGUGUAUUGCUUUCAACCGAAAAGAUUAUAGAGGAGCCUUGGCAUUUUAUAAAAAAGCAUUGAGAACAAAUCCUAAUAGUCCAGCAGCACUACGUCUUGGAAUGGGCCAUUGUUUUAUGAAACUUAACAAUCAAGAAAAAGCUAGGAUGGCAUUUGAAAGAGCUUUGCAGCUUGAUCCUCAAUGUGUUGGAGCACUUGUUGGUCUCUCUAUAUUGAAACUAAAUCAACAUGAGAGUGAAUCAAAUAAAAUGGCAGUUAUAAUGCUUUCCAAAGCUUAUGCCAUUGAUCCUAAGAACCCUAUGGUUCUUAAUCAUUUGGCAAAUCAUUUCUUUUUCAAAAAGGAUUAUGGUAAAGUUCAACAUCUCGCAUUACAUGCUUUCCAUAAUACGGAAAACGAAGCUAUGAGAGCAGAGAGUUGCCAUCACUUAGCAAGAGCUUUCCACGCACAAGGAGACUGUGAUCAGGCCUUCCAGUAUUAUUAUCAGGCAACACAGUUUGCCCCACCUAAUUUUGUAUUGCCACACUAUGGGCUAGGGCAAAUGUAUAUUUAUAGAGGAGAUACUGAAAAUGGCUCCUUAAAUGCAUACAGUACAGCGAUGAAAAUUCUAAAAGACAAAGUGAAUGCUGACAUCCCAGCUGAGAUUCUGAACAAUGUUGCCGCACUGCAUUAUCGUCUUGGAAACUUGACUGACGCAAUGAAAUACUUAGAAGAAGCCUUGGAAAGGGAAAAAGCGGACGCAGAAACGCUGGAUGCGCAAUAUUACAACUCCAUUGCUGUGACUACUAUGUACAACUUGGCACGCCUCAAUGAAGCACUCUGCAUGUACAACAAGGCAGAGAAGUUAUACAAGGAUAUACUUAAGGAACAUCCUAACUACAUUGAUUGCUAUCUCAGGUUGGGUUGUAUGGCGCGCGGCAAGGGUCAGAUCUACGAAGCGUCUGACUGGUUCAAAGAGGCUUUGAAGGUGAAUCUGGAGCACGCUGAUUCCUGGUCACUGCUGGGAAACCUGCAUUUAGGACAACAGGAAUGGGGACCUGGGCAAAAGAAAUUUGAAAGGAUUCUGCAAAAUGCCUCCACUUCUAGUGACGCAUAUUCACUAAUCGCUCUUGGCAAUGUUUGGUUGCAAACUCUACACCAACCGGGUCAAGAGAAAGAUCGCGAAAAGCGUCACCAAGAGAGGGCGCUAGCUAUGUACAAACAGGUGUUGAAGAACGACCCUAAGAACAUUUGGGCGGCCAAUGGAAUUGGAUGCGUACUGGCACAGAAGGGUUGCGUCAACGAGGCCAGGGAUAUAUUCGCACAAGUGCGCGAGGCGACGGCAGAUUUCCCUGAUGUCUGGAUGAAUAUUGCACACAUUUAUGUAGAACAGAAACAAUAUAUCAACGCCAUACAAAUGUACGAAAACUGCAUUCGCAAAUUCCGCAAACAACACGACGUGGAAUGGUUGACUUGGCUAGCGCGAGCUCAAACGCUCGCUGGACGUUCGAGAGCCGCGCGAUCGACUUUACUCAGAGCGAGGCGAGUGGCGCCACACGACGGGGCCUUGUUGUUCAACACGGCGUUGGCCUUGCGGAGAUUGGCGGCUCACGUGCUCAAGGACGAGAGGUCGGAGUUGAAGGUCGUGCUACGUGCGGUUCACGAGUUGCACGUGUCCCACAGGUACUUCCAACGCCUAUCCACAGUGGAGGGUGCAGAAAGAGCCCGCUAUGAGCCAGCUGCUGCUGCAGCCGAGGCUCGGGCCUGCGCUGACCUUCUCUCACAAGCGCAGUGGCAUGUGACAAGGGCAAGGAGGCAGCACGAGGAAGAGGUCACUCUUAGGGACCGCCAGAGGGAGCAAAGAGAAGCCUUCCGGAGGCAACAGGAAGACGAUCGCAAACGUCGCGAAGAAGAACAAGCGAAAAGUACAGUGGAGAUGUUGCAGAAGAGGCAAGAGUACAAAGAGAAGACAAAGAACGCUUUGCUCUUCGCAGAUAUGCCGGUUGAGGGCAAGUCUAAGGGCAGAGGACGGAGACGAGAUGAAUACAUUUCGGAUUCGGGCAGUGGAAGUGAUCGGCCGAGGGAGGAAGGCCGCGAACCGAAGCAACGUAAACGCAAACGUGAAGGGGGCGAAGGCAAGAAACGCGGUCGUAAAGCUCGGGACAAACGCGGCAGUGGCAGCGACAGUGAUCCUCCGAGGAAGAAGGGAAAGAAACGGGGAGAAAAGGGCAUCGGUCGCCGCGAAAAAGCCAAAAUGGCUGAAGAGAAGCUUGGCGCCAAACAAAGGGCUAAAAUCGUUUCGAAAGAGACUAUUUCUACGUCAGAAUCGGACUCGGACGCCAGCCGCAAGUCGCGCAGUCGUAGUCGUAGUCGCAGCCGCAGUCGUAGUCGCAGCGGCAGUCGCAGCCCACCCACCAAUAAGGGACGCAAGAGAAUCAUGUCGGCAUCUGAUAGUGACAGAUCUCGCUCAAAGAGCCGAUCGAAGUCUGGGAGUCGUUCAGGGUCUGCUAGAAGCCGCUCAAGAUCUAAGAGUCGGUCUAGAUCCAGGUCUAGGUCUAAAUCUAGGAACAGAUCUAAGUCCAGAGGUCGGUCUAAGUCCAGAGGUCGGUCCAAGUCGGGAAGCCGCUCUAAGUCGAGAAGUCGCUCCAAGUCGAGAAGUCGUUCCAAGUCGAGAAGUCGCUCUAAGUCUAGGAGUCGAUCCAAGUCCGGAAGUCGUUCGAAAUCAAGAAGCAGGUCUAAGUCCAGAAGCAAAUCGAGGUCCAGGUCUAAAAGCCGUUCUCGGUCUAGAUCCAAGAGCCGAUCUAAGUCUAGGUCGAAAAGCGGAUCACGAAGUCGUUCUGGAUCUCGUUCGCGUUCUGGCUCCAGGAACUCUAGACCUGACACACCCGAGUCCAGAAAAUCUGUGUCGGCAAGUGAAGAUGAAGCCUAG